GGCCGAGGGGACCAAGUGCCACCAUUUCAGAUGGACCAGGAGUUGAGAUCUUUGCAACCAGCCUAGCGCCCGAAAGUAAGUUCUAGCCGCUUCUCGCGGACAAGGCGACUUAUUCACAUGAAUGGCAGAUGAGUCAGUCAGCAACUGACCAAGUCCGUUCGCCAGGCCACUGAUUGACGAGAGUUCUGCGAAGCCGAUACUAAACCGAGGUCACUUGUCUCAUGCAUAAAUAUGAGCAUUCUUUCGCCUUGGAGUUCGUCAGCCAAAGUCCUAUUCAAUCAUCAUCGUCGUCGUCAUCAUGCCCGAACAGCUGACUCUAUACCUUCACAAGCUCUCGCCCUUUAGCCAAAAGGUAGAACUGGCUCUUAUCGAAGCUAAUGCACCCUACAGAGGGUACCACGUUGACCUAGUCAACAAACCAGAGUGGUUUACUAGCAAAGUGAACCCCGUUGGCAAGGUGCCCACUGUAACAUACGGGGGACCCAGUGUCGACCCCGAGGAACCUUCGUCCUUGUCCGCUAAAAUCACAGAAUCAAACGUCAUCCUUGAGUUCUUAGCGGACCUCUAUCCAGACUCUGGGCUCCUGCCGAAGGAUCCUGUUUCACGUGCCAAAGUCCGUUUCUUCAUUGAUGCGAGCACUAAACACGUCGAGGCCCCGCUUCACGACUUCGUCCGAGGGGAUGGGUCAUAUGAAAGUGUCCUUAAGGGCAUUGAAUUUGUUCAGGGACUUCUCGAGGAGAGUGGAGAUUUCGCAGUUGGAGAUCAUUACACCAUUGCAGAUGCCUGCAUCUCUCCGCUCCUCACAAGGCUCAAGAUCAUCACCGAGACUGACAUAGGCCGAUUUCCUGUCGGUUUGGGGUUUAAGCUGGGCGAGGAGCUAAAGGGACCUAAAUUCACUAAAUUCACGAAAUACGUCGACCAAAUACUGGAGCGUCCGAGCUUGAAGCAAACCUACGAUAAAGAGGGUGUGAUCACAUACUUCAAGACGCUUUUCGUGCGCACGCAGUGAGCGUAUCUACAAUAUAUAAGCACGAGAUCAGAAACGCGCAGAUGCGCGUACUUGCUCUGCAUCGUCGAUUCGUUGAAGUUUAACUCAUUAAUACCUUUGAAAGCCACUGCAUCCCCCGCAUCAACUUUGCCUUCCAACCAAGCCGUUCAUCGUGGACGGUA